AUCAGUCCGUGGCCUGAACCCCCAGUGUGUGUCCGCCUCUGACAGCCGACGGCCGCGCCGCCUCCUGCAACACCUCGUCAAGCUCCCCGCCGUUGCACGCCCCCCGCACCGCACCAGCACUCCUCGCUGACACAGCUACUGCCCAGGAUGGCGGCCAGGCCCCGCGCCUCGCCCCGCCCCUGGACCCAAUUCGUGCUCCUGCCGCAGGGCUCGCCGCCGUGACCCCGGCGUCAUGUGAACCCCGCCCCGAGUGUGCGCCUCGUUACUCUAGUGUUGCCUCGUCAGUGUGUGCCGCCGAGCAGUGCUAUUCCUGACGCCCGUGCGAGGCGGCGUGGUGGUGGUGGUGGUGGUGCCCCGCGUGUCGUCACGGGGGCCGCGGGUCCAUCGGGCGAGUGGUGGCGACACAGCCACCGCGAUAGUACGAUAAGUGGCCUGAACUGAUUAGUGUCGCGGCCCAGAGACACUGGCGGCCCCGCCAGGCACCACGCAUGAGGGACGCGCCCCCCGCGGCCUGCCUGGCCCAGGACAGAUGAGGACUUAUGUGCGGGGCGUCGCCCCUCGCCCCGCCUGGGGCGCCGCUGGAAUACUCGGGCUGCUGCUCCUGGCGGCGGCGGCCACCACGCGUGCCGCCGCCAUCCGGGGCCCGCUGACCCCGGCGGCCGUCGCCACGCAGGGCUCGGCGCACCCCGCCCCCCGCGCCGCCAACACUACGUCGCUGGACGUGUGCUCCAUGAAGGUGGCGGAGGACGCGCCGCCCCGCCACGCUGACAUGGACCCCCUGCACAAGUACCUGAGGACUGAGGGCGCGGCGACGCAGCGGGGGGCGCCACGACCCGCGGAGCCGGACUCCUUGACGAUGUACUCGCUGCCGGAAGGCUGCGAGGACGUGAGCCGCUUGGGCCACAAGAUGCUGCGCUGCUCGGGCGCGAGCAUGACCACGCUGCCGGACCUGUCGCUGGAGCGCAACGUGGACUCGCUGGUGUUCAUGGACACCGGCAUCCAGGUGGUGAGCGACGUGAGCCGCCUGCCGCGCUCCGUGCAGGCCCUCACCUUCGCCCGCGGCCCGCUCGUCACCUUCAACGGCCACAAAUUCUACCAGGUCAGCGGCCUCGAGACGCUCAGCCUCGAGAAAAACACGCUCAGCACCUGGAGCUUCGUCUCGGCCUUCUACUCCUCCGACUCCCCCAGGGACGCCUCCAUCCGUGCCCUCUACCUCCCCUACAACCUCAUCACCUACCCGCCCCAGCCGGCGGGUAACAACGAGACGGUGCUGCCGCUGCUGGAAACCCUCGUAAUGAGCCACAACCCGAUGGACAACCUGCCGGGUAGCCUCUUUCAGCCCCUCAGAACAUCGCCUCUAAAGUACCUCUUCCUACGAAACUGCUCGCUCUCGCAGUUCUACGGAUCGCCCCUGGAGCCGGUGUCAGGGGUGGAGGUGCUGGACCUGAGCUACAACUCGGCGCUGUCCAACUCGGAGCUGCAGGAACUCCUCGCCCCGCUCACCAACGGCAGCCUCAAGGAGCUGUACCUCGCCAACAACAACUACGUCACCGUCCCCACCAAGGCCCUCGCUGCGGUAAGCAAGGGUCUGCAGAUGCUGGAUCUACACGGGUCAGCCUUCCAGUGCCUCGACAACAACUCCUUCCCCCUCCUGCCGCAGCUCAAGCACCUCAACCUUAUGUACUCCCGCAUCGCCGCUAUCCGCCCCCACACCUUCGAAGUCUUCCCAGUGCUUGAAGUGCUAAAUUUGGACGGAAACUACCUCAUGACCGUCCCUACCGAAGUGCUCCUGCCCACCCUCAAGGUGCUGACCAUGAGCGACAACCCGCGCAGCACCGGGGACGAGGAUAACACCUUCAACUUCAGCAUGGAGUAUGUGGACUUCGAGCAAAUGAGUCAGCUGAGUAAUGUGACCUUCGAAGGGGUGCCGCUGGACCAUGUUGAAGUUACGUUCUUCAAUGACCUCCACGGCCUGCUGGACCUGAGACUCACCUCGUGCAAGAUAAGAUACAUCGAGCCCUUCAGCUUUGUGAACCUGACGCUGCUGCGGCGCCUGCAGCUCAACAACAACGAGCUGGAGGUGCUGCUCAAUGACACCUUCGCCGGCCUGGUCUCCCUCACCCACCUGGACUUGUCCAGUAACAAACUGGUGUUCCGCACCAGCGUGGAGCCUCCCAUCCCGCCCCGCUCGGCCGCCCCCCCCGGCCUGCCCCUGGCCGUCACCACCUGGCUCCAGGGCCGACGCGGGGAGCGCAGCGUCCACACGGCCACCGACAGGUCCCUGUCCACCACGUACCUGCCCCUCGCGGGCCUGGCGGCGCUGGAGUACCUGGACCUGGCCAACAACGGCAUCCGCAUCCUGACGGCCAACCAGUGGUGGGACCUGCGGCGGCUGGUCCAGUUGUCGCUGCGGAGCAACAACGUGCAGGAAUGGUACUCGCCGGUGUUCAGCAACCUGAGCCUCCUGAGCGUGCUGGACCUGUCCUACAACUCCCUGAGCACGGUCACGGAGAACAUGCUGCAGGACUUCUCGCUGGCCAGUCUGGAGUCCGUGAACCUGAACCACAACCCCUACCAGUGUGGCUGCUCCCUGCAGGCGCUGGCAGAGGGCAUCAACACCUCCGUCUUCGUCGAGUUCUCCACCUACAGGUGCUCCUUGGAGGGCGCCGACCUGACCAUCGACGAGUACAUCACCAACGCCUCGUGCGAGCCGGAGCCACCGAAGGAGGACAUGGAGCAGCCGCAGUCCGCCUCAAACAGGCUGGAGAUCAUCGUCUUCUCCGUCUCGAUGCUGCUCUCCAUCGUCACCACCGCCACGCUCUAUCGCAAGCGAUGGUACCUGCGUUACCUCGUCUACAAGGUGAAGAUGAAGGCGGACCAGUACAAGGAGGACACCGAGCACUACCUCUACGACAUCUUCGUCUGCUACUCCCAGGCAGACCGGCAGUGGGUGUUCGAGCACCUGGUGGCCAGGCUGGAGGACGGGGGCAGGUACCGCGUGUGUGUGCACGAGCGGGACUUCACGGUGGGGCAGGAGAUCACCGAGAACAUCAUCACCGCCGUGGAGCGUUCCCGUAAGGUGGUGAUGGUGCUGUCCCCGGCCUUCGUGGACAGCAGCUGGUGCAUGUUCGAGCUACAGCUGGCCAGCCACAAGAUCCUGGACGAGCGGCGGGACAAGCUGAUCCUGGUGUUGCUCGAGGCCCUCCCGACCCAACGCCAGCCCAAAAAGCUCCGCUUCCUCCUCAGGAGCCGCACGUACCUGGCCUGGAACGACGACCCCGACGGCCAGCGGCUGUUCUGGGUGCGGCUGCAGCGGGCGGUGACGCGGCCCACGGCCAGCGAGGCUGUGGACGUCUCCACCCACAUGUAGACGCGGCCCACACACCUGCUGCUGGCUUGCCAAUACCUCCCGAGGCGAAGUUUGCAAGAUUUUUUUUUAUAUUUCUCUUUCGACUAAAUGUACACUGUUAGGGCAGACGCCCUCCCUGCCGAGGUGAGGCGCAUCGAUGGAGGAGUACGGGCCACAGUCCCUCAUCUAGUCUCAUUAUUAGGUGUUUUGUUUUAAUUCAAGGUGCAAACAUAUGAAUCUCAGUAGUAAGAGCAUCGGGCCAUGAGCCCCACUGCGGGAGGGGCGAGUCAGGCCGCUCCAAGGCCUUGGGCCGCUCGACGCUCGACGCGGGCACAAUACUCGACCACUGCGCCAGGACGCCCACCCACCCAACUACCUACCCCACGGAUAUAUUACGAAAGUCUUGGCUAUGAUAGGGAGGGCAGCUUAGUACAUGGGUUUUACGCUCCUCGUAUGCCACCGAGAGGUGCAUGUGGCCAGGCUGCGGGCGCCGCCACGUGUGUCAGCAGGGGCAAGGCCUCGAGGACUGACUCGAGAACAGAGCAGCCUUGAGCGGGAAGCGCGGCGUUGACCAGGGCAGGGACAGGCCCUGGGACUCCCUGGGCGGGGUGGCGUCCGGGUCUGCCCCAUAGCUCCCUCCUGCCCCACGCGGCCCUAAAACUGCUGUGUAUAUUCUCCACAUGAUGACUGAGGUUUGACCGGUCGCCGCGGGGAGGACUGGGAGCUGCUGGCUGCUGGAGGACCUACGUACUAGUCUACAGGUCUCCCCUCCUGCCCGCGUCAGGCCCUAAAACUGCCGCGUAUACUCACCAAGACUGAGGUUUGACCGGCCGCCGCGGGCAGGACUGCCAGCUGCUGGCUGCUGGAGGACCUAUAUAGUCAAACCAUUUCAAAUAGUCCGUUUGGGCGUUCGAUUCCGCGAGUCCAUUUCUCCCCUUUGCUCUGCCACACCGUUCCAACACCUAUUUCCCUCUCAUAUAUGUUAGCUAUAGGUAACAUAUGAGAGGAAGGGGCAGGUGUUGGGAGUGUGUGCCAGAGCAGAGCAAAGGACCCGCGGAAUUGAACGCCCAAACGGACUAUUUGAAAUGGUUUAACUAGACUCAACUGCUCUCCCCUCCUGCCCGCGUCAGGCCCUAAAACUGCUGCGUAUACUGUAUGUACUCACCAUGACUGAGGUUUGACCGGCCGCCGCGGGCAGGAGCAGCAGCAGACGCCGCCACCCACCCCUCGCCUCUCCCCCUGGGCAGCGCCACGUCCCGGCCCCAGGGUACAAGACUCAGGCCGCAGGGGACGGGCUUCUCUACACCAUUAUCACGGGCAUCACUCACUCGUGUUAGCGGAACCUCGGCUAGAAAUCAAAUAUGGAGAUUGAUAAUGAGCCAUGCUUCGGACGGGGUGAAGCAGUCGGCUACCACACUAAUUAUGUCAAUAUCCAUCUUUAUAUUUUUUUUCCGAGGAGGGGAUUGAUUUAUCUUAUUGCCGCUUCCUACUUAUUUUCUUCCAGUUUAAUAGUUUUCUUUGUUCAUUGGAGUGUUUUCAGUCCUCACUUAACGCGGUAGCAGCGACGGGCCAAAUUUGUGUUUUACCGUGUACCAGCGACGGGCCAUAUUUUCGCCGAUAUAAAACCCCCCCAAAUAGAUGAUGCAUAAACUGAUCACAAAUGCGUUGUUAUAUAUUAUGAAAUGGUCUGCGUGAGUGAUGAUUUUUUUUUUUCUCAUUUUUCUCGCUUUGAGGGGCUUUAAGAAACAUGAUCCCCGCACCUACUGGGUUAAUAAACCUUAAUAUGCCACCAAAAACAGGAAGCGACAUUCUAGUCAGUAUCAACAGCCCAAGUUCACAUAUUUCACAAAACUUUCAUAAGAGUGCCGGGCAUGUCCAAGGGUAGUAUUGUGACCCUGGUGGAGGUUUGACCCUUCAUUUUUUUUUUUUUUAUAUACAACAAAGGAGACAGCUCAAGGGCACAAAAAAGGAAUAAAAAAUAAAAAAGCCCGCAACUUACUGCCCCUAAAAAGAAUCCAGAGGUGGCCGAAAGAGAGGUCAAUUUCGGAAGGAGAGGUGUCCAGAUACCCUCCUCUUGAACCUAAAAUGAACCUAAAAAACCAAAUUAGAACCAAACUGAUCUCCAUUAUGGCCUUUGGAAAUAGCUGAUACGAAGCAGAAGCGUCUCACAACGCCAACCGAACCCCCGAGCCGCCACCAGCCCGGACACGCCGAUAUUUUUUAAUCAUAAAUGCCAGUUGGAUAUACCUUAGACAUAUCUCCUUGAACACAUCCUGAAGAAAAUAAUACAGGAGAACCGAGAACCCUAUUAGAACCUGCCCCCGCCUGCCUGCCUCCCACUGCCACGAACCCAACACGGACAGGGAUGUUACCCAAGAAUUCGAGCUUCAAGACGCUUUGGCCUUACCUGACAAUACUUACAUUACUCCCACUGUACCUUAGGUGUAUUUAAUUAAAGAUUUAUUUGGGCAUUAGGUUUUAUUUCCCCUUCACAAAACGUUCAGAUUGCGCAGCACGUCAAAUUGAAUUACUUACUGCUAAGGGUGUGAGGUGUGAUCAAGUUGGUUUGUCAAAGGUGCAACACAAAAUCCUGAUGUGGUCAUUAUACAAACCAUUUCAAUUAGUCCGUUUGAGCGUUUGAUUUCGUGGGUCCUUUCCUCCCCACUGCUCUGCCACACAGUCCCAACACCUAUCCCUUCCUCUCAUAUGUUUGCAGUAGCUAACAUAUGAGCAGGGACAGGUGUUGGGACUGUGUGGCAGAGCAGAGGGGAGGAGAGGACCCACUGAAUCGAAUGCCCAAACGGACUAUUUGAAAUGGUUUAACUAUAGUGUUUUAUUAGUUUGUCUGUGAUAAAUGUCAUAAUGAUAAUAAUAUAAUAUCCAAUAUGUGGUGUGUUAUGUCUUCAGCGUCAUAACUAAAAGCAAAUAAUAAUAGUAAUAUAAUAAUAAUAAUAAUAAUAAUAAUAAUAAUAAUAAUAAUAAUAAUAAUAAUAAUAAUAAUAAUAAUAAUAAUAAUUCACAAAAGAUUAGUAUAAUGAUAAUAAACAUGAUUAUACAGCAGAAUGAAGUCUGUGCUAAGAACAAAAUCAUACAUAACAUACAAAACCAAGCACUAUAGGCCUAGCACACCUUCAUGUCCUCUUCCUCAUCUCCACCUUUAUGACAAAACAAAAAAAAAAGUUGUCACCCUUUCCUGACCUCCGUCCUCCGCUCACUCAAGUUCACCUCCCAGAUCUCCCUUACCUCGAGAAAAAGGCUGCUGUCGUGUGCACGAAAAACACUGGCUAACAGUAAUUUACACUGCACAUGACAGAAGCCCUUUUUGUUGUUUUUACUGUCAGUUACACAAUACAUCAGGUCAAGUUGUAAUGCAGCAUAAAUGACAGGAGUCUGUUAUCAUGUGCAAUGCAAUACAUUAGGUCAUAAGGAAUUACAGUACACAUAUAAGCGUUCAAUUGGUCAUUCCAUCCUGCACAUUACAAUACGCUAGGUUACAACAAUGCUGGGCUCACAUCAGAGGUUUUCUUGUAUUUUUAAUCAUGAGCAGUACACUGUGCUGAACACACUGCAGUGAACAUGAGAACAAGAAAAUAUUCACGAGCUGAAGUCAAGUCUUUCCCAGCGGGCGCGAGUGAGUGAGUGAGGGAAUGAGGGGAUCAGGGACAAAGUGCCUGCCAGCAACCACUGCACUUGAAGUUAAUAAUAAAAAAAAAAGACAUGGAUUUACAAUACUUUCUCCUGCUUAGUAAUAAACAAUACACUUUUUAUGAACUAACCUCAAUGGGGUAAUGAUGAACAAGCAACAGUGGACUCUGAUGGAAGGAAACCAAAAGAAACAUGAGCCUUAGGUCACUUUGUUGACAUGUGUGCUCUGCUCUGCCAUGCCUCAUUUGGGAUCCAGUAUUAACACACAGUAACCUGCUUGGCUGUGAAUCUGUUGCUGCAAUUCAUCACUCCCCAGUCAUCUGUGACAGUGCUCACUGGCAUGAACAGACAAAUCUACCAUACACAGGUCAUUAAAUAACUCCUGCGCCAGGUAGCCAGGACCACACAGCGCCCCCAUGGAGACAAGAGACCAUUUCCUCUCACCAAGGAGCCACAGUGAGCUGGGAAUGGACUCACACCUUCUCAGUUGAGGCACCAAACUCACCGAGGCUCCCACCACCCUAAACUAACAUACACAAGUUCCUGUAAGCUUUUUAUUUAUUUUUUUUUUCUCCUUCAAAUACCACUCAUUUGUCGUGGGAUGCAGGGCAGAGGA